AUGGGACGGGACCGGGCAGCGGCCUCCCCUUUUCCGCCGCGCACAGGCCCACCCGGCCUUAGCUCAGCCCCCCGGGGAAGGCGGCAGCCCCGGGCGCUGACCCCAGUCUCUGCCCAGCUCUCCACCAGGCUGCCCAAGAUCUGGAAGCCGCAGCUCUUCGAGCGGCAGUUCUACAGCGAGAUCCUCGACGUCACGCUGACCAUCACCGUCACCAUGCGCACGCUGGACCUCAUCGACGAGGCCUACGGCUUCGACUUCUACAUCCUCAAGACUCCAAAAGCCGAUAUGUGCUCGAAGCUUGGGAUGGAUUUGAAGCGAACAAUGCUGCUGCGACUUGCACGGCGGGAUCCUAAACUGCAUCCCAAUGAUCCAGCCAGGAGAGAGGCCAUAUAUAACAAGUACAAGGAAUUUGUAAUCCCAGAAGAGGAAGCUGAAUGGGUUGGCUUGAGUUUAGAAGAAGCAAUAGAAAAACAGAGGCUCCUAGAAAAAAAGGACCCUGUCCCACUCUUCAAGGUGUAUGCCGAAGAGCUCGUCAACCAGCUUAAAGAACAGGCAGCAGAGAAGCAGUAGAAGAAACCUUUGGAGCAAAACCCC